AUUUUGUUCAUAGAAAAUGGUGAAUCAAAUCAAAGCUUGUUGGAAAUGCAAUACGGAUUCACUUCAAAGGAUAUUAUCUUGUUAAAGCCAAGGCAGUUUAUCAUGCCAGGACUGAUUGACACACAUAUUCACGCACCACAGUACAGCUUCACUGGUACUGGUUAUGACUGUCAUGUUGUUGAAUGGCUGGAUAAGUACACUUUCCCAACUGAGGCCAAAUUUGAAGAUACAAACCUUGCACUCAAUGUGUACAAGAAAUUGGUGAGGAGGUUGCUCAUGAAUGGUACAACGACAGCAUCCUAUUUUGCCACCUUACAUUACAAUGCUACAGUGGUUCUUUGUGAUGUUAUUGUGGAGCUGGGUCAGCGGGCAUAUGUUGGCAUCACUGAUGUUGAUUGUUCCCAUCAUGAACACAGGAAAACAACAGAGUGCUGUGCCAAAGAAACAGAGAGGUUCAUCAAACAUGUGAUUGAAAUGAAUCAUCCCCUUGUAACACCUGUUCUGACUGCCAGAGGAAUUGCACAUUGUACUAAAUCACUCUUGACAAUUCAUGGAGAAUUGGCCAAAAAAUACGGUGUCCCAAUUCAGGGACACCUGCGUGAAAUCAAAGACGAGCUGGCUAGUUGGAACUUUGCUUCUGAGUUUUCUCAAACAUCAAAUUUGGCAAAAGUGCAUGAGGAAUGUGGGCUCUUAACAGACAAGGCCUACUAUGCACACUGUAUUUAUGUUACUGAGGAAGAGAUUGACCUGAUGUUAUCACACGGCACUGGGGUUGCACACUGUCCUAUUUCAAAUUUUGAUUUGAAAAGUGGUGUUGCUGAAAUAAGACAUCUGCUGGAUCAAAAGUUAAAAGUUGGUCUUGGAACAGAUGUUUCAGGAGGACAUUCUCCAUCAAUGCUUGAUGUCAUUCGUCAGUGUAUAACUGCCUCCAAUGUUGUUGCCUUCAGCAAGCCUGAAUCUUACAGAUCUCUGUCAUAUAAGGAUGCCUUUAGACUGGCCACUUUAGGGGGCAGUGAGGUUUUAGGAUUAAGUGACAAAAUUGGCAACUUUGAGGUUGGCAAAGAAUUUGAUGCAUUGCUCAUUGACCCUGAUGCUGAGGACUCACCCUUUGAUUGUUUUGACAAUGACACCUUAGAGGAUGUGAUUCAGAAGUUUUUGAUGCUUGGUGAUGAUAGAAACAUUCUCCAAGUGUAUGUGGCUGGGCGACCAGUAGCUGGAAGGACUCUUGUCUCUUCAUACUUCUCUUCCAAAAGGAAACAAGGAUUAGAUAUCGAGUUUACUUCUUGAACAAUGCAGAUACGAUUCAAUAUCAGGGCCCAGUUGUUCGAAGGCCGAUAAGCGCUAACCCAGGGUUAAAUUUUAAUCCAGGUUUCUAUAUUUCUCUGU